AACAUAGCCCGCCGAUUCCAGAGCUCAGACCACAACCAAACACGCCAUAUCUGGGCACUACUGCCUGUUGCCAUUAAGACACCCAAACGGAGCCGGGAUGGACGAUUGACUGGUUUUUUUGGUGGGCGGUUUAUUCUUCUGCGUUGGGCGCACUGUUCAAUUAUAAAAUUGCCAAGUGACCUGAUUGUUUUGAAGUGUGGGUGUUUCUUCAUGGAGGGAGGAGACAACAUAUUAGAAGCAAUAUAUGAAGAGGAUGACUUAGAAGAUGUUGAGAUGCUUGAUAUAGAAGGAGAGCAUGUGGAUGUGGAAGAAGGAGAAUGUGUGGAUGUAGAAGGAGAGUUCAUGAAAGAGAAUUCACAAAGCAGUGGCCAAAUUGUGAAUACGGUGAAUCAAGAUGCUUGCAGUAAAAACCGCAGACGGAGGCAAAAUAAGAGGAAGAAUAAAAGGAAGAAGAGUGGUUCAGUGCCGAAAGUCACUGACAUAAACAGGUUUGUUUUAGAUACAUGCAAGCGUCUGAAGGAAAAGAAAUCAUACCUGGUCUGGACUGCUGUGGGUUGUCUUGGGGUAUCUGCAUUGAGUGAUCUUGUCAAAGAGGAGGAUAUUAUCAAGCAAAUAAAUCUGAUCUCAAAAUGGAUAGAAGAUAUCAUUCAGAUAAACCUCUUGCAUGUUAAAUGGCUGUUGAACUGGAUUAAAAAUGUGGAUGCAAUUCAAGCUUGUGGAGGUCAGAUGACAGCUGAUGGCAAACGCUCUAGAACAGGGGGUGGCAUAUUAUGGAGCAUAAUCAAAGUACGGGAUCCUAAUGCCUACAAAGAAAUAAUGAAAAGAGGGAAGGAAUUUGAGAAGCAAUUCAGGCAACCAAACAGUAAGCAACCACCAGCGCAGAACAAAGAGGCAUCUUCUCAAAAUAUUGUCCAUACAUCCAUUGAUGAUACUGCAAUCAACGUUUCAGAUGGUUCCCAGCUUACACCUCCAGUCCAAGAUCAACUUGAACAACCUAAUGCUGGAGGAAACCGUGUCUCUGUUCAUAAUAGGAUGAGGGUACCUGUUACAUACGAUGACUUGCUUGUGGAGAAUCCCAAAGAUGAUUAAACGUGAUUUUUGGAGUGAAUUGGCUUGGGGUGGAUCCCAAAGAGGCUUUGUCAUUUCUUUGGAAGUUUCUUGACAGACCCUGAUGGCAGUGCAGAUACCUUUCUAAAGAAGAGAGAGCAUAUUUUUUCCUCUCUUUAAAGAGAUUAAGAUUUUGUCCUCUAGCUUUACAGCAAUAUAUUGGUUUGUUUUAAAAGAAUUCUUCUAGUGGCACUGUGGCUUUUCUGCUUCUAGUUCUCGAGUGCAGGACAUGUUGCAUUCGGGUGUUGGAGCUGCGGGAAGAAACCCCAUCUAGCAAUCAGUUCUUUGUUUUGAUGUUGGAUGGGGAGGUGGGUUUUGUUGGGACUCGGGAGAGAUGUGGGAAUUUCUGAUUUAAGAUUAAUCAGUUGCAGUUAUUCCUUCUUA